AUGAGAGCCUCUCUGCGACCGCAAAAGCGCGACCACAUCUCCGCGUUUAACACGCGAACGAACAGAAAAGUUUUGCACUUGCGCAAGUGCGCGGAAGCGCUUUUGAAAGAGUUGGAGAAUAAUAAGAAGAGCGAUGAAACCAACGAAGAUUCAGACGAGGACGAGAAGAACAACGUCUUAAAAAAGAGAAGGACACAAGUCAAGGUCUUGGCGGCAGAAGUCGCGCUUAAAGCGAUUCGUCGAGCGAGAGAAGGCGAUUUGCCGAGGAAAUUAAUUGACCAACAGAACUAUUGUUUGAGGUGCGGGUUUCCUCUUCGUAAAGAAGAAGAAGAUCAAAAGAAGAAAAGCAAUGCGAACGAGAAUAAUAAUAAUAGUGAUAAUAACAGAAGAAUGAAUUGUUCGUGUUGCGGGUACAAGGUGUCGUCGUCGAUUCACGCGAAGAAGAAGAAGAAGAAGAAGACGAAGAAGAGGAGAAUUUUGUAG